AUAUUAGAUCCAUUGGGUCAGCGUUUUGCUCAGACUUGUCAACAACCGCCGAGUUCGGAUGUUGACAGCCAGCUUGUAGAUCUCAUACAGUGUAUGGAUGGUGUAGCUAGAGCCAGUCAGCCACAUUCCGCAGCUAUACUCUUUAAAUUCCUCAGUCCGGUUCUUGAAAGCUGUGUUCCGUUGAUGAAAUCGCGUUCAUACUCUCAGCCGGUAAUCGCCGCGAUUCUGGUUCUUAUUCAAAACGAGGACUCUGCCACAUUGUAUCGUACCAUCGUUAUGAUUGUGGAUGUUUAUCGAUCGGAACAAGCGUCCAGAUUUGUGGGUAUGACGGAGAACGACGAGGAUAAAGGGAGCGAUUUGGUUGCCUUAGCAUCUCUGGAAAUGUUGCUGAGUGUAAUGAAUGAGUCAGUGCUGAAGUUACCCGAUUUGGCGAUGAAAUUCUUCCGGCUUGUUCUUUAUCUGGUGGAGUUUUCUCGCGAAGCUCUAGCCGUCAUGUCAGUGCCUUUGCUGGUGGCGCUCUGCCAGUGUCUGAGGGAAGGGAUGACAUCACAAUAUGGCUCAGAGAUUGCGUGCACCUCGAUGGAGGCGCUCACUGAAAUUAAGAAUAGUUGUGAGAACACGAUCUUCAACGAAGCGACAUCCUGUCUCUACAGCCUAAUAUGUUUUGAUAAGCCUGCGUUCGAUCGAUUUGUGAAUGAAAUGUUGACAAGUAAAAGCAAUGAGUCAGCAUCAAACAAGCUUCGAGAAGAGUUCGCUUCAUUGUUGCCAGAGGAUCCAAAACCUGGACGAAGAGAGAGAGUAGAAAUUGGACCGUCAAGCAAAUUCGAUAGACCGAAUGUGAAGAGGAAGCUUCAGAACGCGCACGCAUUCUGGCGCUGGUGUCGCAGGAAUCCCAUUGAUAAGCACGCCCAUUAA